AUGACUGAAUGGAAAUCCAGAUCGUUACCAAGCAAUUUCGAAAUAUUAUCUCUGUCAAACGUUCCAGUUGGUCCGUCGUGCUUACGUUCAAACUCGAAGAAAACAUACAUCAGUCGAAAUGUGUCUUUUCCAGAUGACGAAAGUCAAAUUGUCACUGGCAUACUCGAAACCAUGCAUCCUUGGGAAUCAAGUAAUUACCCGCAUACCUAAUGUACAUUGCAUGCAUACAAAAAUAAAUUGUAGUAAAUUUUAAGAACAAAGUGUGUCAUUACAUUUUUCUCUUUUAAUGUUCUCAGUGGAAAAUGUAACUAUAGAAUUACUGACAACGAAAUAUCAAGAAUCAUGUGAACGCCAUAAUGCUGAUCCGUUACUUUCUGUUCUUAAUCAAAUAAAAUCUUUGAACUUAAGUUUGGAGCGGAAUGAAUGUCUAGAUUUAAAAGGUGUUUUUUUAAACAAUGUUGAUUGGGAGAGCCUUGAAGAAAUUUUUAAAAGAGUUCAGUUUACAAUGAUUAAUGUUGAAGCAACUGGCUUAAAUGAUGAUGUAAGAACACUUUGAUGUUUGAAUAUCUUUAUGUACAUGUAUUAAAAAUGUAUCCGGUAUCUUCUACAAGUCAAAUAGUUACAUAAUUUAAUUUUUAUUAAUAAAAAAAACUAAGUUAUUAACUGUUUAUAAAUUAAAUAAAUUAUAUAAAAUAUUUAAAUAUCACACUUUUUUAUUACAGAAAUAUUUAUACAAUUUACUUUAUUCCCAUUAAAUAAAUUUAACAUUUAAUAAUUAAUAAUAUUAACAAUAGAAUCAAUCAUUUAUAUCUACUAAAAAUUUGGUAUGUUUUGGGUAGUACAGACUUAAAAAAAAAAUUAAUUUCACUUCCCAUAUUUAUUAUUAAGUAGUUAUGUUUAAUAUAUUCACUCUUUUUAAUUAGUAAUUUGUUUGUUUUUAAGAAAGUGUCGCUAUUAAGAAGAUCAUUAUAAAUUAGUCUUUUAAUAUGAAACUAUCUGCUAAUAUGUAUUAUCCUUAACAAGUUUUUCUGCAUAAUUAUAAAUAUACUAAUAUUUAAUGUAUUAUUUUGAAUGUUAGACAUUAAUAACAAAAGGAAUCAAAAAGAAAUUCUAGGUACUAACAAUUUAUUAUGUAUUUCUUAUUUAGACUGCAAUCACAUUAUUUGAUAUGUUAGACUUUUAUGAAUCUGCUAUUUGUUUAAACAUUUCUUCUAAUAAUGAUAUUGGUACCAGAGGAUGGCAAGCAUGUGCUCGUACGUUAAAAAAGGUGAUUUGUUAUAAUAAUUUUAAAAAGGAAUUUUUAAAUAAAAACUGUAAUUACUUUUCAGUCAAAAUGUUUAGAAGAAUUAGAAGUAAGAAACACAAUACUUAAUGAAUCAAAUAUGACAAUACUGAGUCGUUCAUUAAAAUUAGGUUCACAGUUAUGUGUUUUAAAGCUUGAAAAUUGUAAUCUUGCGGACCGUCCAUUAACUUCAUUAGGUAACUAUUUUUUAAUUCAGUAUUAAAUAUAUUAUAUAUUUAAAUUAAUGAAUCAAAUUACAACACUUAAUCAUAUGCAAUUAUAUUAACCUUGAAACAAUAUACCAUCAUUAAUAUUAACAUGAUAAUUGUAGUUUACAUAUUCUUUAUAUUUAUAAAUAUUUCAGUGUCUUCAAUAAAACUAAAUAAUUCAUUAAAAGAACUUUACUUGGGAGAAAACUAUCUUAAUGAAAAUGAUGCAAAACAACUAUCAAUUUUACUUAAAUGUAAUACCACAUUACAGUUGUUGGAUUUAAGGUAAACAUAUUUUUAAUUUUAAAAUACAUAUGACCUUCCAAUCUAUUGCCCUUUGUUUAAUCAUAAAUGGCCCAAUCUAUGUUUCAAACCACACCCUUCUUUUAGAUAUAAAAAUAAAUACCAUAGCAACUUCCAAAAUCCUGUAAAAAAUAUGCACUCCUAACUGUCCAAUCACUCAAACUUAGUAUAAUCUACUCUUAUUUCUAAUACCAUUUCUGGAAAUUUCACCAUGCAUAUUGCAUACUAAAGGGAAAGUGGUAGGACUUAAAUUAUUUAUUACUUAUUCAAAUUAACCUACCCAAAUUGUUGAAUAAAGUUUUACCAAUGGGUAGCUGCUAUUUUUCAAUUAUGCCCAAAUUUUAAUGUAUAUAUUCGCACGCAUGCUUAUUCAAAUAGUUGUUUACAGAUUGUUUAUAAAAAAAAUAUCUAUUUAAAGGGUUGUCUUCAGACUUAAAAAGACUGUCAUAUUUCACACAUUAGUGAGUCACUGAUGAAGAUAAGAAGUUAGGAAGGUAAUAGAGGGAAAAUUUAAUUUAUAUCUGUAUGCAUCGAAUCACCCUUGCUAAUUAUAAAAUAAUUUUGAGCGGAAUUCAGUUUAUCAUGUUGCUUCUAUUAUAUAUAUAUGUCAUAUUAUGGUAAAUAAUUAUAUAUGCAUUCAAUAUUUGUUUAACAUAGUACCUUUUUUCCUGGUUUUCUAAUAUAUUUUCCCAAUGUUUUUCAUUUAUUGGGAAAAUUAAAAAAUGACUUCCCUAAAGUAGAUACCACUCAAGCUAAAUUUUCUUUCAAAAAGUGUUAUCAUUAUAAAUUAGAAAAAAUUUGCCCGUAGAAAAAUUGUUCACAGAUAAAACAAAAAAAAUUAUAAAUAAACAUCAUUGCAAAAUCAAUACACUUCUCGCUCCUCUCAGAAUCUAAAAUUACACAUUGUUACAUUUGUGUAUAUAAGGUGAUCAUCUUAAUUAUGUAUCUCUGAAAGUGUUAUUAUUAUUUUAAGAAACAAGCAGCUAAAAUUACACCACCCUUUUUUUUUAAUUCCUUGUAAUUGGAUUUAAAACAUUUGUAUGUUAUGCAAUAUAAUAAUAAUAACAUAAUUAAAAGAUAUUAUAUACAAGUAUUGUUAAUUAUCAAAUAAUUUGGUAAAUUAAUUUAAAGCAAAAAAAAAAAAACAAAAAUUAUAGUGUAUGUAGGUAAUACUAUGUAUAUAAUCAAAAAGCUGUGUUAGGAAAAAUGUGCAUAUAAAUAAAUAACUACAGUUUCAAUUGAAUUUUAAUAACAAUAUAAAAUUUUUGUUCUAAAUUAAUAAUUUCGUCUAUUUUAAUUUUAUCUUGGAUAAUUAUCAGUAAACCCUGAUAAUAUAAACAUAAAUUUGAAGUCGGGAGUAUAUAAAAGAGUUAGUUUAUUUGAGAAGUUGAAACUAUGAAUGAAGUGUCACUGGUGUAGGUAGGAAGUUUGGAAGAUAGUUUGUAUAAUGUUUUUAUAUUUGUAUGCGAUAAUAAAUAAUUGAUAACAAAAUGUGUUUCUAAGAAAAGUUUAGUUAAACAUAUUAGAAUGUUGUGAUUUUAAAAUUGUUAUCAAAAUUUAACUUGAUAUAAGGCUUUAAAAAAAAAAGAAAAAUAUUCUAACAUUUCUGAUUGACAAAAAUUAUUAUUCACAUAUAACCCAAAAAAAAAAAAAAUUCCUAUAAAUAAAAAUCACCAGAAGAUUUUAAAAAUCUUUCCAGAUCUACGAAAUUAUAUAAAAACUUAUAUUUGUAAAAUUUUCAGUUCUUAUACUGCAUUUUUUUUUUUUAAUUUGUCUGCUUUUCCUAUGUUUUCCUAAUUGUAAAAAUAUCAAAAUAUGAGCUUCCCAAUACUCCAAUUCAAAAUGCUACAAAAAAAAUUUUGUUUUUGUUUUUUGGUUGAUGCAAUAUUUAUGGUACAAGAAUGAUUUACAGACAAAAUAUAGUAAAACCAAUACAUUGCACUCUAAAUCUUAAAGAAGGGGGUCAUGUGGGUGCUAAAAUAUGUAUUGUGUAUGUAUCAUUGUUAAAUGAUUGUUCUCCAUGCCUAGCCAUACCUAGUACCAAUAGUAUAUUAUUUUGACAAUAUUUACUUAUAGGUAAAUUUUCAUAACAAAUUUAUUUUAUUAUUUUUAGCAACAAUAAUAUUCAAAAUAAAGGUUUCCGAUUACUCUGUGAAAGCAUUGUAAAUCAAAAGUCUCCAUUGACAAUUUUAAUUGUGUGGAAUAAUAACUUGGAUCAAGACUGUUCAGAAUGUUUGUCAAAUUUAAUGGUAAAUAUAAUAAAUACAAUUUAAUAAAAAAGAUUUAGAAAUAUCUAUGCAUUCUCUUUUAAGAAGAUGUACCAUCUGCAUGUGCUGCCUUAUAAACUUACAACAUUAUACUGUUUUAAUAUUUGAGUAAAUUGACCUUGAAUCUUUAAAUUUAAUUCAUCAUCAUAUGGCUUCAGAACUAAGAGUUAUAGCCGCCACUGUAAAGGUUCUCCAACUUUUACGGUUCUGAAUCAUUUUCUCCCAUUGUUUCUUUGGCCUCCAUUUCUUGGUCUCUUCCCAUUUCGUUGUUCUAGCUUUGUUACCUUUCUUUGUUUCACAUAUCCAAAUCACCUUGUUAUUAUGGGUAUUUUUGCCAUUUUUCUUCACCAGCAGUUUUAUACUAUGUCAUACAGGUCCUUGUGGUUAGCACUUUGUUCUUGAAGGUCCUUAGUUAAUAACUCUUACUACCAAGGUGUUACUGUUACAAGCGUACUUUUGUACCUCUAGAGAGAAACCUAAAUUUAAAUUAUAGGUUCUUAACCUGUGGUCCAAUUAGGGGUUUUCAGAAGGUUAUUUAUUCAAGGGUCUAUGGUAUGGCUGUGAUUUUCUUUUGAAUAAUCCAAAAUUAAAUUUAUUUGAAAUUAAUUCAAAUUCAAUGAAUCAAGAUCAUGUAGUUGAAGUAGAAACUGUAAGAAAUAUAAAGAAAUGGGAGCUGAACAUGAAAUUUUUUACUACACAGAAGUAGAUUGGCUUUCCAAAGGAUAAGUUAUGUAAUGUUUGUUGUAUAAACUUAAAGAAGAAAUUUCAUAUAUUUGUAAUAGAACGGUCAAGCUCACUCUCAAAAUAUUUGUAUAAUAAUAUCAUUCAUUUCAUAUUUAAUAGAUAUUUUUAUUUGUUAGAACAAAGUAAAUUCAUUGAUUCAAAAUAAUAAAAACAUUUGUAAAUAAAGUUCCCCUGUGGAAAAGAAAAUUGCAAUUUGAACAUUUAGCACACUUUCUUAUGUUUGAACAUGAAUUUUAAAAUAAUAAUAAUAAUAAUAGGUACUAUUGAUUUGUCCAUUUCUGUACAAAUACAAAUUUAUGAACAUCUUGACGUACAUAAAAAUCUGUUUAACAAUUAUUUUGAUUCUACAUACCUGUUCAAAAGCAAAAAUAUGGUUAUGUAGUAAUGCUUUUUUUAGAGACUUAAACACUGUUAAAGAUUCAGAUCUCGCUAAAAAUUAAUUGAUUGAAGAUCAAAAGAAAUGGCACAUCACUAUUUUCAGACAAAAAAUUUCAUUAUUUUUGGCAUACAUUGACAAAGGCUUAUCCGCGAGUUGUAUUCAGGACAAUGGAAUUUUUGAUUUCAUUUACAACUACACAUCUCUCCAAGACUAGAUUUUCUAUGUUAGUCACAUUUGAAAUGAAAUUGAGAUACCGAUUGGACAAAAAAUUAUGUUGUUUUUUUUUAUUGGGAAAUUUAUGGUUAUACUUUAUACUUGGAAGGAGUUCAUGAACCUGAAAAGGUUAAGAACCGAUGAUUUAAAGUAGGUAUUUAAUUAGUGCAAAGUAUGCCAUUUUACUUUUAUUGAUAUGAUUAUCUAUUUCAAAACUAAUUAUUAUUUCUGGUAAUUAUUGCACCUAUCUAUUUAAAAUAUUGAGUUUUUUCCAACACAUAGUUCUCAAUUUCUAGGUUUUCGUCAUUCUAUCUGUUCAUUGUUUUCAAAACUUUAAUCUUUCCUUCAUUUAUUUUUUUUUUUUUUUUUUGCUUCAUUUAUGAGUGUUGUGCUUUGUAUUAUAGGUUUUUUAUCUUCACCACUUGUUGAAGAUAAAGUGUAUUCAGAUAAAUCAAAUAAAUUAAUAAAUCAGUUCACUCUAAGAUAUAAUAUAACAACAUAAAGUUGUUCCUACUGAACGUAAAUUUGUUAUGUUGUAUAUUUCUAAGACAGCGUAUGUUGGUACUAUGUCCCCAUUAGAAAAAUGUAUUAUUAUUUUUAAUUUUAAAAUUAUGAUAAACCAUUAUUGUCUACUAUUUUUAACACUCAGCUUAUAGAUAAAUUUUAUUUUCAGUUUUUAUUUAAAAAUUAAACUCAAAUAAUUCUAAAGAUGACUUUUUUAUAGUACUACAGUGUAACCUGUCUUAACAGACAAAAUAAUAAGGUCCCAGCAAAAAGAGCCAUUCCUAUGUAUUUCGACCUGUCUAUAACGGGCUCUUUUUAUUAUGGACAUAGACAGUUAUAUUUUCCCCCAAUACCUCGAUAGCGGACAACUAUCUUAGUUCAAAAUUAAAUGUAUUGCAAACGUAUACAUACAUGCCAUGCAUCAACAUUGCUAGUUUAUUUCUAAAGGUACUGAUUAUGACAGAUUAUGUGAUUGAUAAUUAGGAUAAAGUUAAUUACGAAGACAAAAAUAACCAAAAAUAUGUAUAAAACUUAAAGACUAUUCAGUGUUUAUUCCAUAUCACUUCGUUGUUGUAAUGUAUUUUCUUCUCUGUUUGUUUUAAUUUUUUCUUUACAAUCCCACCUCUCUUACCUGUCUCUUAUGGGCAUGUGUUUAAAACAGAUAUUUUUUAAUGUCCAUUAUAUACAUCACUCUCAGUUUUCUACAUUUCUGAAAACGAAAAAUGGCUGUGAUAUCAUUGAUAAACAAUUUUAGACAUGGUCUUGGGAUAUUCUAAGAUUGUGAUUUUAGUAAUGCCAUGUUGAAAAUUUGAUUUUUCAGGCCUAACCUAUCAGUUGAACCUCGAAACUGAUAAUAAGAUCACAAAUAUCUUGAAAAAAUAGAUCUAAUAAUAUUAGUAUAUUAUUAAACUAAAUUUACAUUUUUUUUUUAGAUUUGCCAUUAUGGUUCUUAAGCGACAAUUUUUAUCUUAACUAUACUGAAAAUUGUUUUUAAAAAUAAACAGACAUCAUUUCUAAUUUAAUUAAUGAAAAACCAAUAAAACUUUCUAUUGUUAUUUUAUUUAUUAAUUUUUGUAUUUUGUAGGAGACGGAAACUAAAUUAGAAAUGCUCAAUAUUGGCUAUAACCAUUUACUUGACAUCACAGCUAGUGCUAUCCAAAACGCAAUAAAAAAUAACAAAAAUUUAUUACGCUUAGGAUUACAAAGCACUCAAAUUACUUCUAAAGGAGCAAAGUAUUUAGCAGAAGCUCUUGAAACCAAUUUUACAUUACAAGUAAUUAUUAUAGAUAUUUAAAACUACACGUUUAACUAAUAAAAAAAUAAAUACAUUUUUUUAUCGAUGUAAAGUAUAAACUUACUUAAUUUUUCUAAUUUUGAAUGUAGAAUAAGUGCAUGUGAAAUGAUAGUUUUUUUUAUAAACUGUUUAAUACUAAUAUUCCUAAUAUGUUUGUACAGUUAUGGUCAAACUACUGCUUGCAAAAGUAUUCUACACCCGUGUUUCUUAAUCCGGGGGUCUAUUGUCUAAACACUCUUUACUCUCUCACUUUAUCUAUCUCUAAGUGCUGAACAUUAAUAGCCAAUAGGCCUAAUAUCCCAAUAGCUUUAAGGACAUUAUUCAAAUUCUUCCUAACAAUUUUUUUGUCUGGCUUAUGGUAAAAAAAAAGUUUGGCCACCACUGGUUGAAUAUUAUACCACUCUGAUGUAUGUUUAUUGAUCUAUAUAGGUCAAUAUAAGUAAAUACAAUUUUUAAAUUUGAGUUUUUAUGAAUUUUUGAUAUAGUUUCCAACUGAAAGUCUAAAUAUGGUAAUUGUUUCGCCCAAAACAUAAGGGUAACAAAAAAUAAUAAUAACAUAACACUUUAGAGCUGUUUGUUUCCUAAUUUUUUUAAAAAAAUUCUUAUAAAGUCAAUAUUUUCUGAGAUAAUGCGUAUUUUAUGUUAUAUUUAUCAGUUAUACCCAUACUGUCGUCUUCAUUAGCGCCAGAUUAGAAAGAAAGUAUUCAUCGGGCUAGCCACCUUGACUGGCACAAGUUUCUAAGAAUGUUGUGUCUAAUAAAGUCUCAAUAGUUGUAACACGCACACAUUGAAAUUUGAAUUUGGGAUAGGAUCCCGAUGAUGUGUGACACGACUAUGGACUCUAGGUGCAAUAUGAUAAAUGGGAUUGAUUAGGCAAGAGGUUGCUCACUGCUCAUGUACCAGCGUAGCUCGACUUACUCGGACUCAGUCAGUUAUUGAUCUUUUAGACAUGAGUCAAAGAAAAGUAGGAAACAUGAGCUCCAUACAAUGUGUCAUUGUAUCCCAACUCCUUUAAGUUAUAUUUUGCUACACAUACCAUUCCUACCUAUGCACAUCUUUUAUAGUAAACAACAAGAUUUACAUUACCUACCCUUAUUGUUAAUACAAACAUUACUUUCUCCUUCAUUAAAUUAAAUUUGAACAUUUGUAUAUUAGUUUGUAAUUACAAAAAAUGCGAGUAACAUUUUUUUAUUAUUAUUAUAAUAAAUAACAUAUAAUAUAUAAUAUUAAAUUAUAAAAAUUAAUAUUAGUGUCAUAUCGUAAUUCAGUUAUUACCCUUGAUUGUGAUUUAUUAUUAUUUUUAUGUGAAACUUAAUUUAAUAUAAAUUAUAAUGAUGAAGAACAAGGUCUAGUAAAUUAUAAUAUUUUUAGAGCUGACCGAGAUCUAGUCAUGUAGUCAGGGGUGGUAGAAUUUUAUUAGCUAUAAAUAUUAAAUAACGUUGCUUUAUAAUACCUACAGAAUGUAUUGUUGGUAUAGACUUUAUUUUUGUCUUGUUAAAUGUUAACAAUAAAAUUGUAACUUGUUAUUAGGUUGUGUUUAUAUACCUUCACAUAAAUGUAUUUACACUGUGUAUUAUUACAAAUAAAAACUACAAAAAUAAGCCUGAUAAAAUAUUUAAACAACAAAAUACAAUUAUUAACAAUAUAGUGAAUAAAUUAAAAACUUAUAAUUCAGAAAUAGUUGUGGUAGAUAAAUCUUAUACUAUUGCUAUCAUUUACAAUAGUGAAAUUCAUAAAAAAAAACUUUAAAUUUUUUAAAUACUAAUAAUAAUAUUCAAAACUUCACAUAUAUGACCCAAUUAUAAUUUACACUUAAAAAAAUCAAUAAACUGAUAACAAAUUCGAAAGAAAUCAUACUUCUAAGUCUAAUAGAAAAUAUUAAAAUCUGAUUACAAAAUAGAAAAUCCACACUUACGUCCAUUCAUAAAAUUACAUAAUAAUAAGAUAAUCCGAUUUGUCCAUUUAUUAACUUAAAAAUUGUUUCAGCUAUAACCUUGCAAAAUAUUUAGACUCCUUCAUGAAAGAAAAUUAACAUGAAUACUGAUACUUCUAUAAAAAAAAACACUUAUGAUUUUAUUAAUAAAAUUAAUAUCAUGCCAGGUUGCAAAAUGAUUUCUCUUGAUGUCAAAAAUUUAUAUACAUCUAUUCCUAAACAAGAAACAGUAAAUGUUUUAAAAAAUAAACUUAUACAUAGUAAUAAAUUUAAUACAAAUGAAGUACAAGAAAUUAUUCUAUCAAUAAAUGUAAUUAUUAAUCAAAACUAUUUUCAAUUUAAUAAUAAAUUAUAUUAGCAAAAAGAUGGGUUAGUUUUAGAUGGUCCUUUAAGUGCUCUUUUAUCUGAAAUGUACAUGUAAAAUUAUGACACCACUAACAUUAUUAAUAACAAAAUAUACAGUCCAUAUAUAAAAGCAUAUUAUAGAUAUAUGAAUGACACGUUCAUUUUAUUUAGAGGUUCAAAUAGACAAGUAAAAAAUUUAGUCAACUACUUAAACAAAAUAAAUAAAAACAUUCAAUUUACACUCAAAAUACAAAUUAAUAGUAAAUUUAAUUUCUUAGAUCUUACAGUUUCCAUAAUAACAAUAAAUUAGAUUUUAGUAUUUACAGGAAAUACAUUGUGCUACAUUAAUAUAAUGUAGCACAUAUUCUUAUUAUGCCUUUGGGUAUAGAUUGUAUAUUCUCUAAUAAAAUGUUAAAAAAAAAAAAAAAAGUAUUUACAGGAAACAUACACAAACUGAUGCUUUAAUACCACAUGAUUCUAAUCACUCUUAUUCUUAAAAAAUAUCAUUUUUCAAUUCAAUAUUCUAUAGACUUGAGCAUAUUCCAUUAAAUAAACAUAAUUAUCAACACGGGCUCAAUAUUAUCAAUGUCUUUAAUAUAACCCAAAUUUUAAUUUUAAUUCUAUUAAAAAAAAUAAUACACUUCUUACCAAAUAAGGUUGUUAACUAUUGUAGUAUGAAAAAUCACUUUUAAGACUAAUACAAUUUUAACCAAACAUAUAAACAAAAGUCUCUCUUAUUAAAAUAAAUUAUUUCUAUGAAAAAACGGCCAAUUUGUAAAUUUCCUUUUUCCUAUGUAUUCCUUCAUUUAAUUUUUUAUAUUCAGUCAUGUUUUACAUUUUGACUGUGAUAUAAAAUAGUAUAACAAUGUCUCGAAUCAUCGCCAAGACAUACUCAAUUCAUAACAUAUAAUUGUUGACAUAAAAUAAAUGAUUAAUAUAUUAGGUAUUACUAAUUGUAGUCUUACUAAUAUUAUUUCUAUUUGUGUGAACCCAUACCUAGACAAAGCACAAUCUAAUGAAGUACUAGUGUUUUUUGAAGAAAAUUACCACAUCUUUUUAUUAUAUUAUAAUAUUCGUUUUUUUUUUUUUUUUUUUUUUUUUUUUUUUUUUUUUUUUGUCAAUUAUUUUCAAACUAGAUUUUGUCUAAAAACAUUAUGGUAACCCUAUUUAUAUACAAUCUAUUAAAUGAUUACGUUUUUUGUCCACAUCUACUGGCUUUAGUAGGCAUCAAGGUUCCCACAUUCUUCUUCGGGACUAAUGAUUUGAUUUUCUUCUCCUACUAUCAUAAAAGUUAUGGUGCCGAUUCUUUUUUCCCACAACUGUUAUUAGCUAAUAAAAUAUCCCCAUCAUUUGAUUUUUGAUUUUGAUAAAUUCAAGUUUAAUGUUGUAGUAUUGCGAUGGUAGAAGUAUUAGUGAUCUAUAAAUGUUUUAUGAUAUUUUUAAUUUAAGUUUUAACUUUCUGUAUUGUACUUUAUUAAAUUAAUGUUUAUCAAUAUCAUACAUAAGUUUCCGUUUUUACAAUUUGUCAAUUUGUAAUCAGUCAUAAAUUCAAAAGACUCAAGCCUGUUUAAUUUUUAAAAUAAAUAAAUAAUUUUUGAAAUUCAAAUGAGUAUAUUUUUUAACAAAUUACUAUUAUUAGCCAAUAAUUUUGUAACAUCUUUAAUUUGUAUUUUUAGCAAAAUAUCAUUAAUAAAAAUUGAUUGAUUUUGUCCUACGAUAAAAAAUUUCUGCAUCUAUUAGUAUGCAUUUUAAUUUUGCGAAAAUGCCUUUUCACUACUUACUUGCAUACAGGACAGAGUUAAAAUAAAUUUGUAAGCUAAAAGUAAACUUAAGUAUGCCAUGGAAUGUAAAUUGUUGCACAUGAAAUUAAAACAACAUACGAUACAAUUUUGACAUUUGUUUAUAAACCGCAUUAUCAUCAUCAUCUUUUGAAAUAGAUUCUUCAUCAAAUUCUGUUCUGUUUCUGAGAUAAAAUUGAAUUUAUCCUCAUAAUACUAUAGCAAUGUUUCCUGGUCAUCAACAAAUUUUUAAAUUCUAGGCCAUUUAUAUGUAUCAAAAAAAAAAGAUAAUUCAUAAUUUAAGUGUUGGUUUCAGUUAAUACACCAAUAAUGUAGUUUUUAUAAGGGAUAAAUAUUCAAUGCAAAUAUUAAGUUUCUUUCAUUAUUUUUAUUUGAUUAUAAAAGUCAAAAAUAACAGAAACCGUAUUGUGUUAAUAUUCUCAACUAGAUAGUAUUUGCUAUGAUAAAUCAACUUUGAUGUUAGAGCACAAUUUCUAGUAAUAAAAUAAAUGACAGACAGAGAAAAAAAAUUUAAAACAUCAUCAUCUAACAUUUAAACAGAAAUAAAUUAAAAAAUAUAUAUAAACAAUAAACAUUUAUAUUAACAUCCGAAUAUGUAAAAAUAAAUUUGAAUCAAUUUAUUUAGAAAUUCAUAAAACAUAUUAAUAUCUAACCAAAUAUCAAAUAUUACUUACAAUAAAAACUCUUCCUUAAUUUUAACAUUUUAGAAUUUGGACUGGAAUAAGAAAUGAUAAUAAACUGGUCAUAAUUUAUAUUCAAUUAUAUAUUUACAUACCGUGUGAUUAUGUUUCCAGGUAACAAUAAAUAUUUCGGCAGGAUAAUCAUGGUUUUGAAUUCUGUAUUUGAAGAGGGUGAUAGAAAGUGCUAGAAUACACACCUUAGGAUAAAUUAAAAUGUUUAACCUUUUCGAUGUGCCCAUGCAUAAUACAUAUGUGACUUUUUUUGCUACACUUAAUUUUGUCAAUAGAUUGUGAGUCUUAUUUUAUUCAAGUAACUUUAAUACACAUAUUUUUAAAAAAAUUACCUGAGAUACAUCUGUAUAAAUUUGUUUAAAAAAUAAGAUAUUUUGUCAAUUUUUAAAAAAAUUAUGUAUAUAUUAUCUUUGCAAAUAAUAUGUUCCUAUAAAAUAAUACUUCUAACAUACUUCAGUACCCUCUAUCAUCUCCCGAAAGUAAAAUUCAAAUCCAAAGGUAUUUGCCUGAAAUAUUUAGUGUUACCUGGAAAUGUAAUCACAAUUUAUGCAGGGUGAUACAAAAUUCAUGUUAGUCAUUUUAUCAAGUAAAUAUUAAAAAUAAAGGAAAAUGUUUUUACAAAUUAUGUAAACAUUUAUAAAUUCGAAAAAUCUUUGUAUUAUAUAUUUUUUUCUAUUUUGAAUAUUUACAUGAUUAAAUCAAUGUAACAUAAAUUUUAAAUAAUAUUUAAUAAUAUAGAUACUCUAUAUUCUUAUAGAUAUAUUGAAUUACUAGACUUGAAAUAUGUAUCACAACCUAUCACAUGCGAAUGAUAUUAUGUGAAUUUAAUAUUUUAUAUUAAAAUAAAUUACUUCUUAUUUGUUAUAAAUUAGAAUAUUAAAUAAUUUCCCUGCAAAUUAAAUUAAUGGCAGAAUAUUAUUAUGUGUAUCAACCAUUAGAUAAUACAUUUACUCCUUGCAAACCUCAUUUUGUAUUAUAAUAUUGUUUGCUUUUGCAGAGGUUAGAUUUACGUGAUAAUAAUAUUCAAGUUGAAGGAUUGAACAAUUUAAAAGAAUCCAUUUCGAAAAAUUUUAAAAUUACACGCCUAGAUUUAGAUCCUCUUCCACGUAACAAAUAUACAACUGUAAGACAUAAUUUUGUAUAAUUUUAAUUUUAAUUUCUACAUUUUACAUUACUGCUGUAAAAAGUUUUUUGUAAAUUAUUUAUUUAUUUAUUGUAGGAAGCAACUAAGGAGUAUACCAAUUUAGUAGAGCAGAUCAAACAAAUAUGUAACAAAAAUGAAAGUAAAAAUAAUAAUAAACAAAUUGAUGAUAAUCUACUUGACCAAGUAACAGAUGGUUCAAUCAUUACAAAAUCUAUCAAAAUACCUAAUGUAGAUUCCAGAAAGAUUUCUCUCACAUGUGAAUCAUUGAUGAUACAGUAUACUUCACUUAAUAAAAAUCCCAAUUAUCUUGGGUCAGAUGAUUAUCUACCCAUGUUGCGAGGAAGUAGUGGUAGAUUAAGGAGUCCAGCUCCAAGUCCUAUACACAGUCCAAUUGCUAGUAGUCCAGUGUGCAGUCCAUCAAUUACAUCCACACGAAAUCGUUUCCAUGUGUCUAAAGUGUCAGAACAGAAACAAAAAGAGAGUCGAUUUAAGGUGACUAAAUUAAAUAAUUUAAAUGACAAAGCACCAACAGCUAGUAAUGAGUCUUUAUCUGAUGAUUCUUUUGGGCCUACUAAUUUGGAACUCACUGUUGAUAGUUUGGAUUUAUGCAAACAUAAAAAUAAUACAAAAAAAGAAGAUCAAAGAACAAGAAAAGUAUCAUGGGUUAUGGGCUCUCGACCUCUGUUGACUUCAUUACAAAGCUUAACCUCGAGUUUGGAUCAAGCCACUACAACAGGAGUUGAUAAACUUUUAAGCCUGUUUAGUCCAUUUUCUAGUGCAGAUAAGUCAUCAGCAUCUACUGAUACAGUUGAAUCUAAUGAUUCUGUUUUCGAACAGGAUUCUGAAUCAAAGAAACCAGUUACAAUUGAUCAAGCAACUUGGCCACCAGUUUUUGGUAGCUUAAAAAAAACUACUUCAAUCUGCAGACCACUUUCUGAUAAAGGUAGACGCAGUCUAAACGAUUUGCGUACUUUUUAA